AUGGCCUGGCCUAGCUUCUUCACCUUUGCGUCAGCUGGGACGACCCGAACCACCGCUAAGACAAUUACGAAAACCAAGUCCACUAUCAAACCCACCUCAACAACCAAACAGGAAGAAGCAAUACCGACCAAAGUCCAACGAUAUGAUAGUGGGAUAGAUAUGGAUUAUGACCACGAGACAGAUGAGGGUGAUAUCAAAUGGACGGAUAAACCGUAUGAAUCUUUACUCCGAUUGAGGAAUUUCACUUUGGCUUGGCAAGUUAUGCGUUAUGAUAUGAUUACUAAUCCUACUUUUGAUAAGGAAUGUAAAGAAAUUUGGCCAUCCGAUAUUGUAUUGGAAGCCAGAAACACAUACGAGACUCAACUUUCUUUCCUCUCCACAUCCCUUGAUCAAGCCAUCGAAAAAUAUAGAUCAGAUCCUAUUGGUUUGAAUAGUAUUCAAACUCCCAACAUUCAUCUCUUAGAGAGAUACGAACUCCAAAUCGAUAAGAACCCCGAAGAAGAUUUCUCCCCAAAAUACGUCCUGGGUGUUCCUGAUUCCUGUCAGGAUAUCAUUCAGAGGAUGGAAGAUUGGGAAUAUGAUUGGGCUAAAGUGGAAGAAACUCAGUUUGUCAGGGGUUUACAGAGUUUGGUGAGGUAUGUCAAGACUGGUUUCGGGACGGAAGAGAUGGGAGAUCUGGAAUCAGCUGGGAUCAUAUUAUCUAAUCGCUUGAGAUUGUCGAGGAAUAUGAACACUGAGAGACAGUCAAUGUAUGGAGAAGAGGAGAAUGAUGAUGAAGGAAAAUGGCUUCCUGAGGUGGAAGAGGUCGAGGGGUUGAUAGAUGGUCUCGAACGUACACUGCGUCCAGACGGAGGAACGAGGGAAGAGGAUGAAAAGACGAUAGAGACGGCAAUGGAUUUGGCCAACAAGUUGACAGCUUCGAUGACAAAUAACAUGAGUAGUAUGCCAUUAUUCCGUUGA